GAGAAAAGCAGUGAGUAUUUAUUGUACUCUGAUGGCACUGGGAAAAGCGUACUCUUGUGGUGGUCGUGGACCAAAUUGUGGGAAUUCCAAUAAUCACACUUAGUACCUUACCUCUAUCACUGUCAGACCUCUACUGUCUCAAAUAUUUCAGCAAAUCCCUGUAUAUGUGUACAGCGUAACUAAGGCUUCUACUGGAUAUAGAAAUGAGUAAGGACUCGAAAAUUGAGGAAAUCCAAUCACCCGCCGUGGUUCAGAAUUCAACACAGUCGAAAGAAAUUCCUAUACUAAUCGAGCAAAACAGCUCGCAGUCCUCUACGUACUCUGUGGCGUCAGUUGCUGCUGUUAUUCUCGCUGGUUCAAUAGCACACUUAUUCCUCACCUGGGGUGGGUUCACAGGCCAAAAAGGAUGGGAUAAGCUCGUUGCAGUAGAGGAUUGGAUUGCGACGUUUUUUCAAAGUUGAUUUCUUCGCAGCUGCUGGCAACUGUGUCUCGUCAGAUCAGGAUAUUUCAUCAAUCGAAGCUACCUAGUAGACACCUGUUAUACCACGGAAAUUUUGGAUAUCCAUGUGAAGAGGUCCAAGGCACGCUCUAUUUUUCCAGAUUACUCCACCUUCGCCUCUUCCAAUUCUCUGUGAUUCUCAUGGUUAACUUCUGGCCAGUCGCACUCAUGGAAAUGUCCCGGCAACUUGGUAUAUAGCGAGCUGGUAAAUUUCUACCUCCAUCCUCAAUUGUAGACCCACCUGAGAAUGCUGCUUCCAGUUGGCUUCCGAAUCAUAGGUCUGACUUCCGGUGCCGCGUGAACAUGAUCAUAUAGGAUCAUUUGCAUACAUAGGUCAUAUACGGCAGAUAUUGACUCAUCAGUGUGCAUCCAAUGAUUGUCCUGAGUACAGGUUGAGAACAAAUGGGA